GGUUCAUUAUUCAGCAGGUUUAACCGUUAGAUCAGAUACAACAGUGAUCAGACAUUGAGUCUGAUAAGGGCACAAUGCAAGCAGACGAUGUGAGAUAUUUAAAACGAAAAGUGAGGGGAGGCAACCUGGAUGUCCAUCCUACAGAGAAAGCACUAAUUGUCCAGUAUGAAGUGGAGGCCACGAUUUUGGGAGAAAUGGGGGGUCCAGUGCUGGGAGAGCGCAAGUCAUGUCAGAAAAUAGUUCGUCUGAAGAGCUUGAAUGCCAGCACGGAUAUUGGAUCAUUAGCACGAAAGGUGGUGGAAGAAUGCAGGCUGAUUUCACCAUCGAAGCUCCCCGAAGUGGAACAGCUACUCUUCUACUUGCAGAAUCGCAAGUCACCAACAGCUCCGGACAAAAAGGAGAAGAAACUGAUCAAGCCAAGAGACCCUGCUCCAUUUGAAGGCAUGGAGCUGGAUGAGGAGGCCAAUAUUAACAGCAUCGAUGACUACGUGGAGCUGCUGUAUGAGGAUGUUCCGGAAAAAAUCAGAGGAGCUACACUCAUCCUGCAACUGGCUCGUAAUCCUGACAACCUGAAGGAGCUGCUCCAGAACGAGACUGCACUGGGAGCACUGGCCCGAGUACUAAGGGAGGACUGGAAACAGAGUGUAGAUCUGGCAACCACCAUCAUCUACGUCUUCUUCUGUUUUUCCAGUUUCAUCCAGUUCCAUGGCCUGAUCACCCUCUACAAGAUCGGCGCUCUGUGUAUGAACAUCAUCGAGCAUGAGCUGAAGAGGUACGACCUGUGGCAGGAGGAACUGCAGAAGAAGAAGAAGGCUGAGGAGGAAGACCCAGAGAACCAGACCCUAAAGAAGGAAUAUGAGAAAGCUCUGAAGAAGUACCAGGGUUUGCUGACCAAACAGGAGCAGCUGCUUAGAGUGGCUCUGUAUCUGCUGCUAAACCUGUCUGAGGACACACGCACAGAGCUGAAGAUGAGGAACAAAAAUAUAGUGAAUCUAUUGGUGAAGACUCUGGAUCGGGAGAGCCAGGAGCUCCUGGUGCUCGUUGUGUCCUUCCUGAAGAAACUCAGCAUCUUUCUGGAGAAUAAAAAUGAUAUGGCCGAGACAGACACUGUGGAGAAGCUGGCUAAGUUGGUCCCCUGUGAUGAUGAGGAUCUGCUGAACGUCACUCUACGUCUUCUGCUUAACCUCUCGUUCGACACCGGCCUCCGCAGCAAGAUGGUGCAGGUGGGCCUGCUGCCCAAACUCACCGCUCUGUUAGGGGACGAAAUGCAGAAUCAUCUAGCCAUGCGCAUCCUGUACCAUAUCAGCGUGGAUGACCGCUUCAAGUCGCUGUUUGCCUACACAGACUGUAUUCCUCAGGUGAUGAAGAUGCUAUUUGAUUAUGGUGAGGAGAGUCUGGACCAAGAGCUCAUCUCCUUCUGCAUCAAUCUGGCUGCUAACAAGAGAAAUGCUCAGCUCAUUUGUGAAGGUAAUGGACUGAAGAUGUUGAUGAAAAGAGCACUGAAGUUUAAGGAUCCUCUAAUGAUGAAAAUGAUCAGGAACAUUUCCCAGCACGAUGGAAGCUUCAAGAAUUUAUUCAUUGAUUAUGUUGGAGGCCUGGCAGCUCAGAUUGGAAAGAAUGACAAUGAGGAAUUUAUGAUUGAGUGUUUGGGCACACUGGCUAACCUCACUAUUCCUGACCUGGAUUGGGAGCUUGUGCUUAAGGAGUACAAUCUAGUACCUUUUCUCAAAGACCACCUCAAACCUGGUUUUGCUGAAGACGAUCUCAUGCUGGAGGUGGUGAUAAUGAUCGGCACAGUCUCAACAGAUGACUCCUGUGCUGCCAUGCUAGCCAAGUCGGGCAUUAUUCCCGCCCUUAUAGAGCUACUUAACGCCCAACAAGAGGAUGAUGAAUUUGUGUGUCAGAUCGUAUACGUCUUUUACCAGAUGGUGUUUCACCAGGCCACACGAGACGUCAUUAUAAAGGAGACUCAAGCCCCAGCUUACCUCAUCGACCUGAUGCAUGACAAGAACGCUGAAAUUCGCAAAGUGUGUGACAACACGCUGGAUAUUAUCGCCGAGUACGAUGAGGAGUGGGGAAGAAAGAUCCAGAAUGAAAAGUUUCGCUGGCACAACUCUCAGUGGUUGGAGAUGGUUGAGAACCGGCAGAUGGAUGAAGCUGAAUCCUUCUUGUACGGUGAUGAGGGUGAGCCCUUCCUACAGGGAGCAGAUGUUCUGGAGCGACCCGACCUCUUUUACAGUGCAGAUGGAUUAAUUCCCGCAGAUGCUGCCAUCAGUCCAGAAUUCUUCACAGACUUCUCAAAUGGAGACUUUAUGCCACCACAGGGUUUCACCAACAGUGCAAUGAUGGACAGAUACGGUCAGGGUCCGAGUGCUCCGAUGCGACCUUCUACAGCAUACGGCUUUCGGCCUGAUGAGCAGUUCUACCACGGUUACUCAGCAUCACGGUAGAGUUUGAUGACAUCAGAGUAUGUUAAUAUACUGCCCUCUAUUUCUAGUGUUACGUUUACUCAUAUUCUGUCUGACGUGAAGUCAGAACUACUAACUUUAUUUAUUUAUUCUGUUUCCAAUGUUAAUCUCAGUGUGUAUCCUGUAUAUUGGAUAAAGUUCCUACUGCUUUUGUGUCAGUGUUUAUUGUAUUUGACUUGAAAUAUAUGUGGUCUAUAAUCUCUAGAUUUAUUCUUGGCUGCAGUG